GCCCGAUUCUACCCGACGCCCCGACGCCGCCCGACGCCGGCGUUACUCCUCCAGAAUACUGGUGUUCUCCCCGGUGUGUUUUGUACGGAGGGAAAUUUGAGGAAUGUGUGGCUGGAGGGGGAUUUGAGGUUUCAAGGGAAUUGGAUGGAAGAGGGGGAUUCACCAAAUCCCCUGAAUCCUCUCCUUCCAAAACCUCCACAAUCCCUUGCUGUCAAACAAGGCCUGAAGCGCCGGCGAAACACGACCGCCGCCGGGGCCGUGGGGAAUCAGGCGAGCGGCGCAGCCUCCGUCGACAGGUGGUCCUGGGAGCGCGCGGACGGCGAAGGACGCGCACCUCCCGUAAGACUGCUCCACUUCCCUGGCCCCGUCGUCCCGUCUAAGUCGCCGGCGGCGUGGACACAGCGAUGCUGCGGACGGUGCUGCGCCGGGGAGGGGCGGCCAUGAGGCAGGCCGCGCUGGCCGAGGGAUCUACGGGGAACCUUCUACGGCUGAGCGUGGCGGAGCGGGAGCGCUCUCGGCGGCGUCGGCGCGACCCGGGGCGCGACGAGUUCUUCGUGCCGACGCCGGAGUCGCUUAAAUGGCUCGACUCCGUCACCCUGCCCAUGAUCCUCACCGCCGCCGCCGUCGCCCUCUUCACCAAGCUCCUCAUGAUGGAACAUGAAGACACAGACCAAGAAAGGAGAGAACGCAAGAUAAAGAAUAGUCACCCUGAGCAAGGAACAGUAAGGAUGCUUUCACGUGAAGAGUGGGAUGAAAUCCAAGAAGUCAGGCCAAGGACCCCUUUUGAAUCAAAGUUAGCUCGUCCACAUGCCCGCUUAAGAACUGGGGAAAGAGUGCGGCUGGAGGAUGCCAAGGAUUGGGCUGUUGAUGUGCUCACUGAUGCUUUUACUAGAGCGGAAGAGAGUGCUAAGCGGAAAUGAUUCGGAAGAAAGGCACAGCAGCCAACACAUCCAGUUUGAAGUUUUUCUUUAGAGGAAACACUUUGGGGGUUUUCUUGAAUGCGCAUUUCAUGGUUUCUUUUGAAGUUUGAAUUGCCGACUCGUAAAUGCUAACUUGCGCGGUGAACUAUGUAGCCGCAUAGAAUAAAUUUUCCUUGCUACUGUAUAUAUAUACACUCCUACAUACGGUUCCUUGCUAUGCUCA